GGAGACUCUCGGGUGGAAGUCAGGAACUGCCAUGGGAACCAGUUUUGAGAGGCACAACUUUCGAACAAGACUCACACUUCCCCAUCUCUCUUCAGACAAGUAGUGAAGAAACAAUUUGGUAGAAGAUACUUCCCGACUAAUCAGAAAACAAGAUCAAUAAAGUAUAUGAAUGUGUUAAUAUACCAUUUCAAUGAACAUCUACUAAGAAAUUUGAUUUUCAUAUUGCAUGCAGAAGAAAGACACAGUGAGGAUGGACACUUUGACAUUUCUGAAUUUUUCAAAUACUGAACAAGUUCUGAGGAACGGCGAAAAUCAUCUCAGAAAAAUCAUCUCAGGAAUGGAAAACACUACAGACUGCAUCACAACAGAGAAAACUCUGACUUUGGCUUUACUACUUUCAUAUUCAUUCAUUUUUGUCACGGGAUUGGUUGGCAAUGUUAUUGCCCUGUAUGUUUUUCUGUGCACCCACUGCAAGAAAAAUUCUAUACAGAUUUAUUUACUGAAUGUUGCCAUUGCAGACCUUCUCCUGAACUUUUGUCUUCCCUUCCGAAUAUUUUAUCAUAUAAAGCAAAACAAAUGGCCGCUGGGCUUGACUUUCUGCAAGAUUGUAGGGAACUUAUUUUACAUGAACAUGUACAUUAGCAUAGUAUUAUUAGGGCUAAUCAGCCUGGACCGUUAUGUAAAAAUUAGCAGAUCUGUACAGCGUAGUAAGGUGUUAACAACAAAACAAAGCAUAUAUAUUUGUUGCACACUGUGGACUGUCGCAACAAUGGGAUUUAUAGUGAUGGUUAUUCACUCUACCAGGAAGGAAGAACAGAACUCCACGAUGUGUUUCCACUACAGGGAAAAACAAAAUGCAAAGAUGGAAGCAGUUUUCAAUUAUAUUCUGGUUAUAAUAUUUUGGAUAGUUUUCAUUCUAUUGAUUCUGUCCUAUGUUAAAAUUGCAAGGAACCUUCUGAAAAUUUCUAAGAAGAGAACAAGUUUUCCCAAUACUGGAAAGUAUAUUACCAUAGCAAGGAACUCUUUUGUUGUACUUGUAAUUUUUACAUUAUGCUUUGUUCCAUAUCAUAUUUUCCGAUUUAUUUACAUCACUUCACAGCUUCAAAAUACCUCCUGCUACUGGAAGCAGCUCAUUCACAAAUGCAAUGAGAUUAUGCUCAUUUUCUCAUCCUUUAAUAGUUGUUUAGAUCCAGUUAUGUAUUUCUUAAUGUCCAGAAGCAUCCGUAAGACCGUACUUCAACUGUUUUGUAAAAAAAAUCAUGUGGAUUCUAAUAUGACUGAGAGUACUUCAGAAAUGAAAUCGGGACAUACUCUUCAUGAUAAUCUGGCAACAAAGUCUAGUUGUCAUUUUAGUAAGAAACCCAUGAGAUAAAUUUAACAGAUCCUCAAUAUAUACAAAGUAUCCUAAACCAGGCUAGAGGCAACUGCUGGUAUUUAUCCUUAUAGAAAACCAUUCUAAAAAACCUUUAAAAACCCCUAAUACUGCAUGUACUUGGCAAGGAGAAAGCAUUUUGAAGAAGGGGAAAUUAAAUGAUUUGCUUUUAUUGAUUCAUGGCUUUAAAACAUGUACAUAUUUUAUAAAUACUAUAUGUGUACUUAUAUGGGCCAAUAUUUUUUAGUAACUAAUUUUAGUAAGAUCAACCCAAUUUGUGCUGAACUAAUUAUACAAACUUAUCCUCUGAGUCAAAGCACUUUCUACAUUUUCCAGAAAUCUGUCCUAGGGAAACCCAUAUCCUCCAACUGCCCUGAUUUUCAGGAAUCAACUACAUUUAUGUUUUUCCUUCUGCUUUUUGUUCUAUGCAUGCCUAUGCCACCUAAAGCAGAAGUCUAAGAUAGGCAUUACAAAACAGUUAAGUUCAAGACAGGCAUUAUAAAACAGCUACAACACCUUUCUCUCUUUUUAAUACUAUAUAGUAAUAGUGGUAAAAAAAUUGUACAUAACUGUAAGUGACCUAGAGACAAGCAAAUACAUUGAAAUAAAAUGUAUUCUUUUAAUUGCA